AUGGAGACGCGUAGUAAGAAGAAACGUAUAGGGCCGCUACCCGGGGGCGAUCGCCGGGGCACACCUGGAGCUGGCGCUGGGUGUGACAGCAUGCGGACCGUCAGCGGUGAGGAGUUGAGCAGGCGGGCUUCUCCCGAUAAAUUCCACACUACAGCCGGUCGUCGUGAGUUGAACAGGCGGGCUCACGGCGUUAAUGCUACAGCCGCUACCGAUGAUGAAACUAACAGACUGACAGACAGAACAAGUAGCCCAAUAGAGCCUUAUUAUAGUCCUAGCACUUCAUCAUACACACCCUCCGUCCAGUCAUCACCUUCCACUAUUAGCUUAAAUACAGAAUCACACUUACCAGCUUUGAAUGUUGCGCGGGAGGCGAAUGCCUUUUUGCCCGCGUCCACCAAGGCUGGAAAACCGAGAGUUCGCAUGAGAUGGAGCAAAGAGGUAAACUCAUUUAUCAUGCGAACAUAUUACUAUAUUACCAAUUUAGAGACUGACAUGACCACAUAUAGACAGAAGAUGCAUGAACUUUUUACACGAGAAUACCCAGGGAUUACGGUUACAGAACAGCGAAUUUCCGAUCAGAGAAGAACUAUAGUAAAAAACAAACUACUAACCGAAGACGAAUUGAACCGAUUAAAAGAAGAAGCACGUAUACAGCUACAACAACACGACGUUACUACACCAUUACCCCGAAAUCCGUCUCAUUCAGAAUUUCACUCUCAAACAGAAUCUUUUACAAUACCAAACACACAAAACACACACACAUCAGAUAUGUCAACACAAACUGAAUCUGUAACGAUAAUAUUAGAAAACGAAGUUAAUACUUUAAACGCACAAAAUCCGAUUACUGAAACGUACAUACAAGAAAUAUAUGAUAAAUUUAGUACAACUUUAUUGCAAUACUCAGGAACGGAUCCACUAAUACGUCCUCGACUUCAUAAAAUAAAAUAUAGCCCACAACUCUACAAUUUAAUUCAAAUAUUUAACCAAAACAUAUUAAAUAGAUUUAUUUCAGAAGAUACACAGCUAAUAGACAUACAUACCCUCAUAUACUGUACAGCAUUAGUAAUAACAGAAGAAGUAAAUCCUAAACAAAUAGAAAAUAUGCAACGCACAAAAACUAAGCAAACUAAUAAACCACCGUGGCAACAAAGACUCGAAAAAGAUAUCGAAAAACUCAGAGCGGACUGCGGUAGACUAACUCAGUAUAUUUACAAUAAUAAUAGAUCAAAUAAAGUAGUAAAAAGAGUAGAAGAAAUAUUCCAAAAUUGUAUUAUACACACUAAACAUGACAAAAAUAAUAGAAAGCCAGAAGAAUAUUUGGACACGUUAAAACAAAAACUCGCUCUUAAAGUUAAUAGACUCCGAAGAUACAAAAAAGCACAACAGCGAAGAAAUGAUAACGCCAUCUUUACAACGAAUGAAAAACUCUUCUAUAGAAAUUUACAAAAACCACAUACUCCCACUAACACAGUAACUGACAGGAACACAGACGUACCUACUAAACAAGAUCUAGAAGUAUUUUGGUCUGGUAUAUGGGAAGAACAGGUAAGCCAUAAUUCAAAAGCAUUAUGGAUAAAUGACGAAAAAAUAGAAUUUAGUAUAAUAAAAGAGAUGGAAUUUGUAGAGGUAACCGAAACAGAUAUAAAAAACAUAACAGCAAAAUUACACAACUGGAAAUCACCAGGCAUUGACAAGAUACACAACUUCUGGUAUAAAAAAUUAACAUCAUUACAUAAAUGCAUAGCAAAAAAUCUAACACAUAUCGUAUUAGGACAACAGAAAAUACCCGAAUUCAUGACAAUAGGAAUAACUUACAUGCUACCAAAAACCAAACACUCACCACAACCUUCCCAAUACAGACCAAUCACAUGCCUACCUACAAUAUACAAAAUCUUAACAUCAGCCAUUACAAACAAAAUUAACACACACAUAGAACAACACAAUAUAAUAGCAGAAGAACAAAAGGGGUGCAGGCGGGCCCAUAUGGGAUGCAAGGAACAAUUAGUUAUUGAUUCCACAAUUCACAAACAUGCUGCCACAAAAAAUAGAAAUCUCCAUUGCACUUAUAUAGAUUAUCAGAAAGCUUUUGAUAGUAUUCCACACUCUUGGUUAAUUCAAAUAUUAGAAAUAUAUAAGAUAAACCCAAAAAUAAUAGACUUCUUGCGUAAAAUAAUGUCAUACUGGAAAACAACACUACACCUUAACUAUGGCCAAAAUACUAUCGUUACACGACAGAUACAGAUUAAGAAAGGGAUCUAUCAAGGUGAUUCCUUGAGUCCCCUAUGGUUCUGCCUCGCCCUUAACCCCUUAUCGCAUCUAUUACACCGUUGUCGAGUAGGAUAUCCUCUUAAAAGUAUAGAGGAAACCAUUAUAUCACAUCUGAUUUAUAUGGACGACAUAAAAUUAUAUGCAAAGAGCGAUAAAGACAUGAAAAAACUAAUAGAAGUAACAAAAGAGUUUAGCACCGAUAUCAACAUGCAAUUUGGAUUAGAUAAGUGCAAAACAAUACAUAUAAUAAAAGGCAAAAUAAAACCGGGUGGCAAACGAGCAGGAGGUUCACCUUAUGGAAAGUGA